UCAAAGGACGCGCCUGCGGGGGGACGCGGUGGAAGCCACCCCCGACUCCAGGGAGUCCCUGGCUGGGAGGGGGAGAGUGUCUCCAGCGGCUGAGAGGAUGCCCACCCGGUCCGUACUUCGCGACUCAAGGCGGGCGAAACCGCGGGAGCUCCCGGGAGGCGGAGGGCCGCACCCGAGAUGGAGAGGGAUGGAGGAGAAACGGGAGGCUGGGAAGAAGGGCAAGUCCUCCUCCGUGGAUCUGCAGGGAGACAGCUCCUUACAGGUGGAGAUCUCUCACACAAUGAGCAAGUGGGAUAAGAUGAAAUUCACUGUUCAAACCAAGAGCUGCCUCCCUCACUUCGUCCAGAUGGAAUUCUCUGUCAUGCAGUAGCACGAGGAGUUCAUCUGGCUCCAUGAUGCCUGGCUCCAUGACGCCCACGUGGAGAACAAGGACUAUGCCGGCCUCAUCAUUCCCCCUGCCCCUCCAAGGCCAGACUUUGAGGCUUCGAGGGAAAAGCUGCAGAAGCUGGGUGAGGGGGACAGCUCCAUCACCAGGGAGGAGUUUGCCAAAGUGAAGCAGGAGCUAGAAGCUGCAGGCCUAGCUAUCUUCAAGAAGAUAGUUGAGAUGCACAAAGUCUUUCUGUAGCACUUGGUGGCCCACACCCUCCAUCAAGACCACAAUUUGUUUGUCUUUUUGGAAUACAACCAGGAUGUGAGCUGGCCUGAGUGUUGGGGUCACCCCCAGGGGCAGGGGUCUGAGACCUGGGGGAGGGAAAAGCAGGGCUGGAGAAGGGACUCCAGCUGGGCUCAGGCCUCCAGCUUGAUCAGCAACCCGAGUGUACGUGGGUACUUCCUGCUGGGGUACCACACCCACACCUGAGACGCCUGCCCGCAGGCAGACCGUGUCAUGAACUCCCACAAGUGCCUGGCAGACGAUUAUAUCCCCUCGGCUGCACUGAGCAGCCUGGGGACUCAGGAAGUCAACCAGCUAAAGACAAGCUUCCUUAAGUUGGCUGAGCUCUUUGAACGACUAAGGAAGCUGGAAAGCCAAGUGGCCUCUGAUGAGGACCUGAGGCUGUCGGACAUGCUGAGAUACUACAUGUGCAACUCACAGGUGGCCAAGCCAGGGCUGAGGGCAGCAGCACCCCCAUGCCCCUGCCGGCUGAGGGUACUGGCUGAUUACGACACCAACAAGGCACUGGACAAGGUGUGCACUCGGAACCGGGAGGUGCGGCCCACCAAGAGCCACCAGCAGCUGUGCUGCCUGUGCUUCAACCUCUCUGACUCUGCUAAGCAAGAGCUCUUGGACUUCAAUUCUGCCUUCUGCAGGAACCUCAUUGAGUUGGCAGAGCUGAAACACACCAAGGUGAAGUGAGCCCUCCAGCCUCCCCACCACCCAGCCCCAGGCCUCCAGGUUCUUAGCCAGCGUCUGCCGGCACCAGAAUGUGUUGUUGGAGGGAAGGGGAUCAGCAGCUCAUGAGCAACCCCAGCUGAGGUUCAAGACCAUGUUUCUCCACUUCCCCACCUUGGGCAAGGACCCUUCCCUUCUCUUCAUUAUGAGCCAGCACCCUGCUGAUCCACAACACCCUCGUCAUCCUCAAGGGGGGAGCCUUAGAGCAGCCAAAGUCCAGCCAGACCCUGGUCCCAGACCCCUGGCGACAAGGGUGCCCCUGACCCCUCCACAGCAGCUUGCCUCUUUCUCCACCAAAGGCCACUAGCCUUGCUCCCAGCCUGCCCCAUGCUGUUCCAGGGUGAGGCCAACCCCGCCCCCCCCCAACAAUAUGCCAGACCCUGCAAGAAGGUGGCACGGCAGUGUGGGCACACCUGGUCCCUCAUAAGCCAGGAGCAGCCCCAAGGAUCCUGACCUCCCUUCCCAGGUGGCAAGGGGAGUAGUACCUACAGUCUGUCCUUCUUCGCAAACAAUAAAAAG